AUGAAUGAACAAAAUGAUACAAUAAAAUAUUCGGAUUUUCACUUGUCCAAACAUGGCAAUAAACGAGUCAGGAUUAACAAAACAAAUGAUAAUGUAAAAUAUCUAAUUUCGAGAUUUACAAAUCAUAGUGAAAUUGAUCGAUUGGCUCCGCCAGUAACAUUUAUAUCAAAGGAUGAGAACCCUGAAGAAGUACUCGACAAUGAAAAAAACGAUACCCCCAACUAUUGGCUACUAAAAAACACAUCCACAGAUAAAGCCAAAAUAACUCAUAAAUCCUAUGUAUCUAAAAAAUGUAAUUUAAAUACAGAUGUAUUUUUUGUUUUAUGUGAAAAUGAAGAAUAUUCAGAGUUAUAUCCUGUUUCUAGCUGGCAAGUAUUUGAACCAGACUUAUCAGCAAAAACGUUAAAUGCAUAUAAUGCUGAUAUUACACAAGAAAAAUUAAAAGCAGAAAAAAAUAAUAAAAGAUUAGAUGAUAUAAUUGAAAGAUUAAAAAAUAAAGAAGAAAGUAUGAAACUAAAUUUAAAAACAAAAGAUACAUCAAAAAAAAAAACACUUAUAAAUAAUAAUCAUGCAAAUAAUCAUGAAAAUUUAUCUAAUACUGUAUCUGGUCAUUCAGGUAAAAAUUUCAAAAAUUAUUCCUCUUCUUCUGAUGAUGAUUUAGGAUUAAAAAGACAAGAAAAAAAAAGAUUAAAAAAUUUAUAUAAAUUAAAAAAGAGAGAAAACAAAGAAGAAAUCGAUUAUGUUGAUUCAGCAUUAUCUAUAACUGAGAUUAGAAAAAAUAAAUCAAGUUGGGAUUAUAAUGAUGAUGGAAAAAGAAGUGAUGAUGAAGAUUUGUAUAUGCAAGAAUCUGCUCAAGAAUUUUUUGAUGAUGAAGAUGAAAAUGAAGAAUCAGAUAAUAACUCAGGAAAUGAAGAAUCUAUAUUAACAUCAUAUGGACAAGCCAUGAAAUCUUUAUUAAAACAACAAAUUAAUGAUGAAGAAGAUGAUGAGUUAAAUCAAUAUUCUGAUGAUGAUGAAGAUGAUGAAGAAGAAGACGAAGAAGAAGAAGAAGAAGAUAAGGAUGAGGAUGAAAAUGAUCAAGAUACUAGUUUAAAAAAAAGAAAUAUAGAUAAUAAAUCACAAAUUUCUAUUGAUCAUGCUAGAAAUAAAGCAAACCAAAUUAAUAAAAAAAGAAAAAAUACAAAUACUGGUAUUGAAAGAAAUGACGAAGUUGAUAGUGAAGAUGAUGAUGAAGAUGACGAUGAUGAAGAUGAUGAAGAAGAAGAAGAUGACAAUAAUAAUAGAACACGAAAAAAUAUUAAAAAUGAAACAAAUGAAAAAAAUGAAACUAAUAAAAUUCAUAAUAUUAAUGAAUAUAUAAAAGAUAAAAUUAGAAAAAAUGAAAUACAAUUAAAAAAAGAAAAUUGUGCUAAAAUAUUAUUAAAAAUUAUUGAAAAAAAUAAUGGAAAAAUGGACAUAUUAACUUUGCUAGACAUUUUAAACAUAAAAGAAAAAAAUCAAAAUUUUAUACUCGUACAAAAAUAUAUAAAAGAAUUAUGUAUUAUUAGUUCUCAAACAAUAAAUAAUAAAAAAGUAAAAAUGGUAGCCGUUAAACCAAAGUAUCUAUCGAAGAAAUGA